UCGCUCGCUCGGUAUCGUCGAUUAUAAGACACAAAAACUGAGUUGAAAAACACUCGGAGGAUUCGUUAUCAUGAUAUUUCACUAUCUGACGUCAGCCAUCUUGCUGUCCGUCAGAUCUAAAACGUGGCCACAUGUAAAGCUCCGAUUGGAAAAAUGAAGGCUGACGCAAAAGUCGAGUAUCUGAUUGUCGAUACUAGUGCAUUUAUUAGAAAUACAGCUAUACAGGACAUCGCUGCCAACGUUAUAACUGCGCAAGAUGUUGUUAACGAAAUAACCAACAAGCGACAGCUCAGAAGACUCGUUGUAUUACCUUACGACUUGAUUAUUAAAGAUGUCUUUCCGGAGAACAUUCAUUUUGUUACCGAAUUUUCUAAAAAGACUGGAGAUUACCGCAGUCUCUCGGCAACUGAUAUUAAGGUGAUUGCUCUAACUUACCAGCUUGAGAAAGAAAAAGUUGGAACUCAACACUUGAAGGAUGUACCUAUCACACCUGUGAAGCCCAAUGUCAGUAUCAAUCUCCCAGACAAUUACUCGCACAACGUGGCUGGAUUUUUUCUACCUGAUAAUGAUAAACAAGAUACCGAAGAAGAAACUGGGAAAAACUGCACUUCUAACCAAGAUGACGACACAAAAGAACUACAUUUGCAUAAUAAAUUGAACACGGAAAUCUUACUGAAAAACAAAAGCACAGAUUCAACCCCUGAAUCAGAUGAUUUGUCCGAAUGCUCAUCAGUUUCUGAUUAUGAGACAGCUACUUCCGACUUGGAAAAUAUACAGACAGAUAGUUUAGCUGAUAAAUUUUCUGCUUUGAAAUGCAAUCCAGAAGACUUGGAAUUGGAUAAUGGCAAAGAUGUUGAUGAUAUUCUUCCAGCUGAAUAUCGCAAAGAGUUCACUGAUGAGGACGAAGAAAUUGAAGGGAGUGAAAGUGAAGAUGACAACGAUAAGGGAUGGAUUACACCUCGGAACAUUGUGAAAGUUAAAAAAGACAUGGAUGCAGAUAUUCAAGAAGAAAAACCUGCUAAAGUUGCCUGCCUUACCACCGAUUUCGCUAUGCAGAAUGUUUUGAAACAAAUUGGACUCCAAGUCGUUAGCUUGGAUGGGAGAGUAAUCAAGCAGCUGAGAACAUUCAUACUGAGGUGUUACACGUGUUUCAAGACUACUAGCAUCAUGACCAAAGAGUUCUGUCCCAACUGUGGAAAUAAGACGUUAAAAAAAGUCGCAGUCUCACUAGAUGAAAACGGAAAACAACAGAUCCAUAUUAAUCACAGAAGACCACUUACGGCAAGAGGGAAAAAGUUCUCGCUACCUACACCACAGGGUGGAAAACACGCCAACAAUCCAAUUUUAUUUGAAGAUCAGCCCAGGCCUGAUCAGCGGCCGACUAGACUAGCACGAACAAAAAAUGAUCCUCUGAACGAUGAUUACAUAGCUGGCUAUUCACCGUUUGUUAUGCGUGAUAUUAACUCAAAGUCUGCUAUGCUAGGUAUAAGAUCUGGAACAGAUAUAAAGCACUGGAUGAGAAAAAAUCCAAAUCAAGCUAGGAGAAAGCGAAAGUAAUGCCAUAAUAAACAAUUGAGUAAUCUCGAAGUCAUGUUGCAUAACCAAUUCCUGCGAAGCCAUGCUAUUUUUUGGGCCAAAAAAUUCAUAGUCAUGAGAUAGAUUGUUCGAUGCUAUUAUAGGAUACUACAAACUCAAACAUCACAAGUAGAACUUAAUCGAACCACCCGAUUCAGAAAUACGACAGGAUUUCUGUGUUUUUCCGUAACUUCAGAAUAAUGGAUCGUACUGGAGUAGAACUAUUCUCGAACAUUUUCCUUUGCACAAUUACGCUAACGUAGUGUAUACAACAAUUGAUUAUAGCGUUUUUCGAAUUCUGUCCAAAUUUUUGCAGAAGUUGCAAGGAAAUAGCGUUCGAAUAUUUUUGAUUUUUCGGGUCCCAGAUUUUUCGUCUAGGUAUUGGUUUGAGUGAGCCUUUUACCACUACUUGAACCUUCAGAAAUUGAAUAGAUGUGAAGAAGAUCACAAAACCAACAACUGAGAUGAUAC